AUGGCGCCCCUAGCCAAUACCACCGACAACAGCGGCUGGUUUCCCGCCGAAGUAGAGCCCAACGGGGGCUGGCGCGUAGACGCAGCAACGCUUGCUCUGCUCGCCAUCAUCGGAGACCCCAGGUCCGAGGAACUAACUCGUGCGAUGACCGCAACUCGACUUGCUAUGCUACCUCGUCUGGUCCCCGCAAUGCAGCUGCUGAGCGCUGUUCGCCCCGAGCGCUUGCCCAGAACCAAAGCCAUCCUUUCCGAUAUUCACGGGCCGACUCCGGACGAGGUCUCACGGAAUGAGACUAUAGGGUACUUUGUCAACGCUCUUCACGGCGUCGACGAGAUGCACCAACCCGGCUUCCGCGUCCUCGAAGUCAGCCACAACACACAAAAGGACGAGGAAGUCGUCGGGUUUGCAAAUUUCAAGUUCGCCACCGUUCCCCCGAGCCGCCUGGUCCGCGGCGUGCUUAUCUUCGGUUCCGUCCUUACGCUUGGCCUUUUCAUUGCUGCCAUGGCUUGGAAUGAUGCGCCCGCCGCGCUGGCGAUUGCCCUCAUGGGACUUGCGAGCUCUCUCAUGGGCUGUGCUAGCAGCUGGCGGCCGAUGUCCCGGGGUCUACGCUACGGAGCCCUUAUGGUGGUGGGAAGCAUUUCUCUGAUGUUCUCGGUUCUCAUGCUGGGAAAUUGCAGCUGGCGAGCGCAGGUCUCCAUUGCCGUGUCAUACAUCAUGCUGAAUUCGCUUCAUUGGACUGUCAGCAUGUUACCCCGUCGUGUAUUUUGGGACAUGAGCAGAUACAACGUGGAUGAUGUGACGCCAUCGGAUUCCGUGGACGCUCACGAGAAUACAACGGCUAACCCAACCUCUCCCGAUGAAAAAGCGGGCUCAACUCGAGCGCUCUGUGGCUUGCUGAGGCGCAGCAGGCCGUUGACGGCGGAGACCGUGCUUGGCCCGCCGAGGAAAGGGAAAUAG